UGUACACACCUUGGCUCUUUGGUUGGAGCUCUCUGGCAUGCCUCAGCUGGGCCCUGGGCAGAGGUGGCCUCGCGCCCUGGCCGUGCUCUGGGCUCCCACCCUGCACGCCCUGCCCACGGAGCCCCAGGGCUGGGCCAGGGGCAGCAGCUCCUCCGAGGGGGGCGGUGGGCGCUGUGGGAAGCCAAGGUGCUGUUCCAAAAGGGAACGUGGUUCAGGCAGAGGAGCUCGUGGUUCAGCCGAGCCGAAGGAGACAGGCAGUGCCCAGGGGUGUCCGUGUGUCCGGGGCACUCGCCGGGUGCGGCUGAUCCGGCGCGGUGACACCCCGGUGACACCCGGCUCGGGCUGCACCAACAGCCCCAGGGCUUCUCCCAUCAAACGCUGGCUGCUAUUUAAACCUCUCCUCGAUACAAAACAUUACCAGGUUGAAAGCACCCCGACUGCCAGAGGAAUCACUUCUAGGCAGAAGCUGGGAAUGGUGGAGUUGGACUCGCUGUGGAUUUGUCUGGGCAUUUGUCACCUGCCAUUAUUUGUCUAAGGAAACGUGUUUGACAAUUUCCAGUUUUUCCUUAG